CGACGUGAUCGUUGUAUCUUGGGAGAUAAUUGCCGGAUAACCGUUAGUAUCUAUGUGAGGCAAAUUCAUCUUAAGGACAAAGUGUCCAACACUUGCAUCGACCAAAAAUCCGUCAUUUGCAUCUUCUUUUUUCAUUUUCUGAUUCAUUUUAUUAUGAUUUGAUUUCAGAAAAUGAUUAACGUUAUUUAUAUGUUUAUCCUGCAAGGUUUGAUCCAAAGAAUUACUUGCUUUCGAUCAUGAGUUAAAAGGGAAGAAUCCACAUUCAGGUCUUCUUUUCUUGUUUAUAUAAUCUCACUGAUAUAAUCCAAGAAAGAGAUGUAUCAGUCCCAACACAACAAUGAAGUGAUCUUCGAUCAAAACCCUUUAAUUAUAUUCCAGCAAGACGAAAUCCUUGAAGAUCUGCUGCUGGAUCAUGUUUUGAUGGACUGCAGUCAUUUUGCAAAUGAAGACGCCAAGAAGAGGAAAAGAAAAUCAUCUACAGGUGUUAAAGAAAAGAAUAUUGAUGACAGUAGCAAUGAAUACAAGCUUAGGAAAAUUAUGCAUAGAGAUCUUGAAAGGCAAAGAAGGCAAGAAAUGGCUAACCUUUACGCUUCACUUCGAUCCCUUCUUCCUCCUGAAAACAUCAAGGGAAAACGUUCAAUAUCUGAUCACAUGCACGCGGCUGUAAAUUACAUUCAACAAAUGCAAAGGAAAAUUAAAGAACUUCAAAUUCGGAGAGAUCAACUGAAGAAGUUCUCCAAUUCAGGAAUCUUACUUAGUUCUGAUAAUGGAAGCUCUUCAAACAGUGAUUUGCCUAAUUUCGAAGUCAUAGUGAAUCGUGGCCGGGAUGGAGUGGAGAUUUUAAUCAGCUCUGUAUCUAAAGAUGAAGGAUUUCCCCUUUCAAAAGUGUUCACUGAACUUCUUGAAAGUGGGCUUAACGUUGUUAGCUGUGUUUCUACAAAAGCAAAUGAAAGAGCACUUUAUAGAAUUCAGUCCUCUGAGGCCAAUGACUCCAGUACUGAUUUAUCUUUGCUGCAAGGAAGACUGGCAAAUGUCAUCAAUUGUCUUUAAAGUUUGAGCCAUCGAUUCUUUAUGUUGGUGACCGUUCACUUAUGGUUAGUUUCGAAUAGGCAACCUUGAGCCGUCCGAGCAAAUAAGAUGACACAAACAGGUUUUGUAUCAUGAGUUUGUACCAUGCACAUUACUUAGGUCGUCUCUAGAAAGUUAUGUCGGGACAAUUACGAAUCGAUCUUCAAGGGAAAAGUCUUGGCACAGUGUGAUCAAAGCUUGGAUUUGCAAAUAAAUAGUGGUUGAUAUGCCACCUUGUAAAAUCAGAAAGAUAGUACUUUGGAACUCAACUUGAAGUCAAAAUCAUUUUGAUUUGCA